AUGGAGAUAAUUUUGUGCUGUUCGGCACCUGUGAUAUACCUCCAAAAUCCAGAUAAGAUGCAUCACAAGGUGGCAGGAUGGGCGCUGCUGGCGUUAAUCUGCUCUUCAACAAUCCUCCACACAUUAGCGUACCCCCAGCAUGUUCCGCUCAUAUCACAGGCGACAAGUAGUGUACGAACACACAGUCCCCAGUAUUACAGCAACUCAUUGCCGCUGCCUGCUCAUGCAGAAGUAGCUCAGGAACGUAAAUUUGCCGAAAAACCUAACGCGUUGAAAAAGGUUGCCUUAGACGACAUUGAUGAAAUUCAAACUAAUUCAAUUUCCGAUGGUGGAUUCUCCUGGUCGAAUAUGCUCGGUAUGCUAAUGCAAAUGAUUUUUAACCCAACCACGACUGGACCUAAUAAGAGUGACAACCUCGAUACGGACGUGUCGCCUUCUCCUUGGGCUAACCUAUUCUCGAUGGGACUUAAAAUUUUAACAGCCAUUUUAGGCGGAGGAGCAGCAAGCGAUGGUAUCGAUAAAGUAGAUAAUGGUUCAUCGCCAAUGCAGGGUAUAUUGGCUGCGGUUCUGUCGACGGUGCUCGGUGCAAAAGAUCCCGACCAGGUCGCCUCCAUGGCAAAGCAGGCUGGAGAGUUCAUAAACAUCGUUGUAAAUCUUCUGGACGCUCUAAAGACCUCGUUCUCUCAUCGAUCGCUUACCGCGCGCUCCAUGGGUCGUAAAGACUCAGUCAGUGAUGCUGCGCUCGCUGGUAUCGCGAUGCUUAAAACCUAUGUAAGAUCUUUCGGUACCAAUGAUGACAAAUGCCUGCAGAAGUAUGUUUGUGACGCCAAUACUGAGUGUUCUGAUGACAUCGGUCCAAAGAGUGUCUUCUGUCAGUUUGGAACCUAUGCAGCAAGUUUCGUUCUGGAACGACAGUCUGGUGGCACAUUUGAAGAUUUCUAUGAAGCGGGUCGUCGAGGACGUUCAGGAGUUGAUUGUCGCCAGAUGUAUUUGCAGUGCAAUGAAGUUUAA